CUUCGUUACAACCUAUUCAUUUUUUCCCUUCAUACAAUGUCAUCACUCUCAUUUUCACCAGAAGAAUACACACAGCAGUUAGAAACCGCGGCAGCAACAGUCAGAGAUUUGCUCGCGAAAUUCCCAGAAAUAUCUAGCCCUCGAGUUAUGAUUAUCUGUGGAUCAGGACUUGGAGGAAUCGCCAACAUUUUACAUUCUGAGCCAAAGGUUGAAGUUCCAUACUCAGAUAUCCCAGGGUUUAAGAGCUCUACAGUACCGGGCCAUGCGGGCAAGUUGGUUUUUGGUCUUAUUGGUGAUAAAAAGGUUCCUGUUAUGUGUAUGGUUGGCCGGUUACACUUUUAUGAAGGAUAUUCGUUCCAAGAAACCACAUUUCCAGUUAGAAUGGCCAAAUUGGUAGGUGUAAAGACUCUUAUUGUUACCAAUGCUGCUGGUGGAGUUGAUCCAACGUACAAACCUGGUGACUUGAUGAUUAUCAAUGAUCAUAUUAACAUGCCAGGAUUGUCUGGUUAUCAUCCUUUAAGAGGUCCAAACAUGGAAAACUUUGGACCAAGAUUCCAACCUCUUUCUGAUGCAUAUGAAUUGGAGCUUCGUAAGUUGUUCUUCCAAAAGAAGGAGGAACUUGGCAUUACUAGAAAUAUUUACGAAGGUACAUAUUGCUUUGUUGCUGGUCCUACUUUUGAAAGUAGAGCUGAACUUAGGUUCAUUCGUACUAUCGGUGGUGAUGCAGUAGGAAUGUCUACAGUUCCUGAAGUUAUUAUUGCCCGUCACUCUGGAUUAAGAGUAUUGGCAUUAUCAUUAAUCACCAAUGCUGGGUUGGCCGACAAGCCUCCUAGUGCCUUUGACAAAAAUCCAAAGCCUCUUGAUGAAGGUAUGGCAUCGCAUGAUGAAGUCUUGGAAGCUGCAAACGAAGCUUCUAAAGACGUUCAAAAGAUCUUUGAGAAAACUAUUAAUGAAUUAUAGAAUAUUUACAUGAUAAAAAUAAACGUAUUAGUCAAUUUCUUUUACUAUGUGAUCCUGUAUCUUAUGUAUUCUGU